GCUCGCUGGGUAUGCUGACACACUGGCCAUCUUCUUCCUGGCAUCGUCAAAUCACAUCUACCCCAUUUUUUGUUGCUGGAAACCCCUGGAAUGUUUUCGGGAGCAGCAAGUGCAUCCUCCUCAGGCUCGAGCUCACCGCGCUUUGCACGAGCGAAUCGCGAUAUGCGAACCCUGUCCGUCGAAAACUUGUCAUCGGUUGACGAAGCUUUAGCAUGUCCAAUAUGUGGCGAUGAAAUGAUAUCGCUGGCGCAACUCAAUCGCCAUUUGGAUGACUCGCAUAACGACUUCGACACAAAGGAUGCCCUCGUAUCGUGGUUUCGCUCCGCUCAGCGAAAGGUCGCUGCUCCUCUGACCAGAGCCGCACAGAAAACGUCUUCGACAUUAAAUUCCCUUUCAUUGGACAAAUUUGCGCAGAAUGGGCAGCUUGAGCUGAAUCCAAAUAUUGGUCCGGGGGGGAGCGAGUUGGUGCGGACAGGCAGUGGGACCGGAAGUCUAACACCAGUAGGUGAAUCGGGAGAGUCUAUCGUCACAAGAUCUCAUUGGAAACGUGAAGGGCCGAAUGACAGGUGUGAGAUGGAGGGUUGUGGAAAACCCCUGGGAUUGCGUGCUGGCAAACACCAUUGCCGAAAGUGCGGCCGCCUAUAUUGCGAACCUCACACAUCUUAUCAAAUGCGGCUUUCCCCCGAUGCCAGAGCAGAUCCCGCCGCAGGCAUAUGGUGUAGAGUGUGCGAAAAAUGCUACAAAGAUCGAGAAAGCUAUAAAGACAGCUUUGGCGUCUCCCGAAAUCGAACACAAACUUUUCUUCGAAUACGUAAAAAUCGCAUAGAUAACCUUCAGCUUGAAGCCAACAAACUAGAAAAAAGGCUUGAAAAGCUUAGUCUCAUGUAUGCAGAAGAAGGGUCAAGGCCUCCUACUGUCAACAAACGGUCCUCAUUCUACGGGGGUGGGAGUCGAAAGGUCGCGGAGCAAACAAUUGUAUCGUGGGAAGAUGACAACAGUGUGACAAGUUGUCCACUGUGCAGCAAGACCUUCGGAGCCAUCACCAAUAGACGGCAUCAUUGCCGGUUAUGUGGACGUGUCGUGUGCGGUAGUCCAGGAUGUUCAAUGAUGAUUCCCCUUCAGGUGUCGUGCGGAGACGAGGAGAGGCGCGGAGCUGUUGCCGAGAUUCGAGUGUGCUCAGAUUGCAACAGGGUGGUUGCGCGACGGCGCGAAAAGUGGCAAGACUCGGUAAAUAGCGUGCAGAUUGUAAAACUCUACAAGAUGAUUGCAAAGUAUCGUGGCUUAGUGGAGGAGACAUUACCCAAGUUCAAUAACCUCCUGAUGAGCAUGGCAAACCGCCCCACAGUCGACUACGAAGAUCGAGAUUAUCAAAUGGCAAACCGAUAUAGGAAAAACCUGCUAGACUACUUCUCAGAACUUGAUAAGCUGUGCAAAACGGUCAAAUCUCUGCCGGGGUCAACCCCAUCGGUUCAACGUUUGCAUCACAAUAUCACUUUAUCCGUGAUUCAAUACCUACAAUCACAUAUGUUUACUCUCCAGCUCAUGCCCAAGGUAAACAAAAAGGGAGUCGAGUCACCGGCGAUAGCUAGCAUUACCAUAGAUCCGGAGUUAGAAGUAUUGGAACAACAGUAUAAGCAGGUUGAAGGAUUCCUGCAAGAUUCGCUCAAGCGACGGCGGUUUGAGGAUGCAAAUGCGCUGAAAGAAAGCUUGCAGGAAUUGGGGAGGGAGAUUGAAGCGCGAAAGCGCAGUUAAUAAGAAUAUGCUUGCGUAAUCGAUGAGUAAGCACAUCCGA